CUAAACCGAAACACUACAUUAUACAUGUGGAGUAUAUUAUAAAUUCAUAUUCUCUGUACAAAAUAUAUAUACAUAAACUCUUUUUCAUCAAUUUAGCUCAAAACUUUCAUCAUCUAAUUGCUAUUUUCAAAUGUCUUCUUCUGUAGAAUCCGACCUUCUCAACAAACAAUGGAAAACCUUUCUCUUCCCCACCAUGAUCAAAUCCAGUGACCUUCUUACUCUCUUCCUCAAAGUGGGUCUAGCAAUUUCCACCAUCUUUCUCAUUACCCAUUUUUUCUAUCUUUCUCUAACUUACAACCAACCACAACAAAACUAUGAUCAAAUUGCCUUCAAACAAAUGUUCCAACUCCGAUCCCCAAAAACCCUCAACAUAGAAUCAGUCGAAGAGCCCACCAACAUCUCCCACAUCUUGUUUGGUAUUGGCGGCUCUACAUCCACCUGGCACACACGUCGCUACUACAGCGAACUCUGGUGGCAACCAAACACCACCAGAGGUUUUGUGUGGCUAGACAAAGAGCCGCCAAAAAAUGAGACGUGGCCAGAGACUUCACCUUCGUUUAAAGUCUCUGGCGACACGUCGUCAUUUAAGUAUACAUGUUGGUAUGGCUCUCGUUCAGCUAUUCGCAUAGCGAGGAUAAUAAAAGAGAGUUUUGAGCUAGGGUUAGAUAAUGUGAGGUGGUUUGUGAUGGGCGACGAUGACACGGUGUUCUUCACUCACAAUCUCGUUACGGUGUUAUCAAAAUAUGAUCAUAAUCAAAUGUAUUAUAUUGGUGGGAAUUCAGAGAGUGUAGAGCAAGAUGUUAUACAUUUUUAUACAAUGGCUUAUGGCGGCGGAGGGUUUGCUAUAAGCUACCCUUUGGCGGCGGAGCUUGUGAAGAUAUUGGACGGUUGCAUUGAUCGGUAUUCUGACUUUUAUGGUUCUGAUCAGAAAAUUCAAAGUUGCAUUAGUGAAAUCGGCGUUCAGAUUACCAAAGAGCCAGGUUUUCAUCAGGUUGAUAUACGUGGGAACCCUUAUGGUUUAUUGGCGGCGCACCCAGUAGCACCAUUGGUAUCAUUGCAUCACUUAGACUACGUGGAUCCAAUUUUCCCCAACAUGACACGUGUUGACUCCGUUAAAAAACUAAUAACCGCUUACGAAUCGGAUCCGGGUCGGACCGUCCAACAGAGUUUCUGCUACGACCACACUCGAAAUUGGUCCGUAUCAGUUUCAUGGGGCUACAGCGCUGAGUUGUUUCCCUUUUUACCAACAGCCAAAGAUCUUGAAAUGGCGUCCAAAACAUUCAAAACGUGGCGGACUUGGAGUGAUGGCCCGUUUACCUUUAACACCCGAGCCGUUAAGAAUGACCCGUGUGAAAAUUCGCUAACGUAUUUUAUGGACCGGGUUGAUGAUUUGGGUCGGGGACUCACCCGGUCUAGUUAUAAAAGAUACAACGAUGUUACGUGGAAAGAUUGUGAGCGUAGUGAUUUCGCGCCGGCUUUAGCCGUUCAAUACAUCAAUGUUUCCGCACCUCUACUUAUGCCUCACACGUGGAAAGAGGCGCCACGUAGACAAUGUUGUGAGAUAAUCAACCACGGAGACGGUGAUAACAAGGUGAUCGAGGUACAUAUUAGAGGAUGUCAUCGAUUUGAAAGUGUCUCUCCUCGAUAGAAAAUUAUAACUUUGAACAUAUUGAAGGAAAGAAAAUGUAAUAGAUUUUUGAAGUCUUUUGCGAAUGAAGACUAAAAAAGUAUCUAAAUUCAAAAAGAGUCUGAUGCAAUAUGACAAUAUAUUGAGAGUUGAUGGUAAUUGAGAGAUUAAAUAGUGAGUUGUUUUUAUGCUCUUCAAAUAUUCAACUCAAUCCAAGCAUAUAAAUAAUGUGAUUGUGUAGAUUAUGAGUUUAAAUUUACACUUUUUAA